AUGGCGGAAGUGAGACAAAAUUGGCAAGUUGAUAAGCUAAACCCGGGGGUGUUGGGUAGCGGAAGUAUAGUAUACAAUAAUGUUGUUUGAGACUAAAAUGCUGAUAUUUAGUUCGUAGUGAAUACACCCUAUAACAGAACUACCUAUCGUCUAUUUUCAAAUCACGACUAGGUUGUGAACAACCAAGCAAAACCAGUAGCUAGCAAGCUAUCUGAGUAGUUAGCGUUAGCACUAACUAGCCUAGCUAUCUUCAAACAGGGUUGGAUUUGACCAGUAGAUUUAACAAUCGCUAACGUUGAUUUGUUUGGUGGAGUUGAGGUAAAAUGUCGAUUCAGUACGAGGAGCCUGCAUUGGCUAGGAAUUAUGGUGUUGUGGACUCUUUCCCAAAGGAUUUUGGCUACGGAGUAGAGGAACCAGAUAUCGAGGAGGAGAGCACGACAUCAAGUGACAGUAAACCAAGGAUCCUGCUGAUGGGAUUGCGGAGAAGUGGAAAGUCAUCUAUUCAAAAGGUUGUAUUCCACAAGAUGUCGCCUAACGAGACGCUGUUCUUGGAGAGCACAAACAAAAUCUACAAGGAUGACAUCUCCAGCAGCUCUUUCGUCAAUUUUCAAAUCUGGGACUUCCCUGGUCAGGUGGACUUCUUUGACCCUACCUUUGACUAUGAGAUGAUCUUCAGGGGCACGGGGGCUUUGAUAUUCGUCAUUGAUGCUCAGGAUGAUUAUGUUGAAGCCUUGGGGAGGCUACAUCUCACAGUGUCCAGAGCCUACAGGGUCAACCCAGAGAUCAACUUUGAGGUGUUUAUCCAUAAGGUUGAUGGCCUGUCAGACGACCACAAGAUAGAAACCCAAAGAGACGUCCAUCAGAGAGCCAACGAUGACCUGGCAGAUGCCAGCCUGGAGAAGCUUCAUCUCAGCUUUUAUUUGACCAGCAUCUAUGACCACUCUAUAUUUGAGGCUUUCAGUAAAGUUGUCCAGAAGCUCAUUCCUCAGCUACCAACAUUGGAAAACCUUGUGAACAUUUUCAUAUCAAAUUCUGGGAUUGAGAAAGCCUUCCUGUUUGACGUGGUCAGUAAGAUUUACAUCGCCACCGACAGCUCCCCUGUGGACAUGCAGUCAUACGAGCUUUGUUGUGACAUGAUCGAUGUUGUCAUUGACGUCUCUUGUAUCUAUGGCCUGAGGGAAGAUGGAAAUGGCAGUGCAUAUGAUAAAGAGUCUUUGGCCAUCAUUAAGCUCAACAAUACCACCAUACUCUACCUGAAAGAGGUCACCAAGUUCCUAGCCCUCGUUUGUAUCCUUAGAGAGGAGAGCUUUGAAAAGAAAGGUUUAAUAGACUAUAACUUCCAUUGUUUCCGCAAAGCCAUCCAGGAGGUGUUUGAAGUGGGGUCCUUGACACAGAGGACAGGCAGACUACAGCCAAGUUCGUCCAACAACAGCUUGUCCAGCGUAAAACUUGGUGUAUUAAACGGAAGUGCUGUUUAGAGGAAUGUAAGAAAAGCAAAGAGGUUUGGAAUGCCUAAGCCACCGAGAAUGGACAAGUAGUAAUUGUCUAUUUUACUUGGAAGGCUAUGGACCAUCAAAGGUGACACAGGGAAAAAGCAGGAAAAACCUUGAAAAAUAACACUUGGGAUGGGGGGGGGAUGCUGUUCUGUGCAAGGAUUGGAAAGGGUAAAAACACGCUGCAAUGGACUAAACACUGAACAGAGUUGAAGCCAGCAAGCACAUCUAUUUUAAGCACCUCAAUGUUUUUGGGUUGCAUCUAAUCACUUAUUUGACCAUAAUGAUUAUUUUUGCUACAAACAGUUUUACGAGUAUCAAGAUGACAAUGUCACCAUUGUGGUCUUCCUCAGCACAAGUCAUUUAAACAGGGCACUAUCUGUGUUUUCCCGCUCUUAUUUCAGGCAAGGUUCAACAGGAAGCAAUGUUGGAAAACAAAUUAAUUAGGAAGCCUGCAUUGAAACGGUAAAUAUCACUACCAUUCAAAAGUUUGGGGUCACUUAGAAAUGGACAUUUCCUUGUUUUUGAAAGAAAAACAUGUUUUUUUUGGCCAUUUAAAAUAACAUAAAAUGGAUCAGAAAUACAGUGUAGACAUUGUUAAUGUUGUAAAAGACUAUUGUAUCUGGAAACGGCAGAUUUAAAAAAAAAAAAAUAAUAAUAAUAAUAAAAAGAGAAAUUUAAAGGAAUAUCUACAUAGGCGUACAGAGGCCCAUUAUCAGAAACCAUCACUCCUGUUUUCCAAUGGCACGUUGGGUUAGCUAAGGAACUGCCUAGAAGGCCAGCAUCCCGGAGUCGCCUCUUCACUGUUGACAUUGAGACUGGUGUUUUGCGGGUAAUAUUUAAUGAAGCUGCCAGUUGAGGACUUGUGAGGCAUCUGUUUCUCAAACUAGACACUUUAAUGUACUUGUCCUCUUGCUCAGUUGUGAACCGGGGCUUCCUGCUCCUCUUUCUAUUCUGGUUAGAGCCAGUUCUGUUCUGUGAAGGGAGUAAUACACAGCGUUGUACGAGAUCUUAAGUUUCUUGGUAAUUUCUCGCAUGGAAUAGCCUUCAUUUCUCAGAACAAGAAUAGACUGACGAGUUUCAGAAGAAAGUUCUUGGUUUCUGGCCCUAAGAUUUUCUAAUGAUCAAUUAGCCUUUUAACAUGAUAUACUUGGAUUAGCUAACACAACAUGCCCUUGGAACACAAGAGUGAUGGUUGCUGAUAAUGGGCCUCUGUACGCCUAUGUAGAUAUUCCAUUUUAAAAAUCAGCCGUUUCCAGAUAGAAUAGUCUUUUACAACAUUAACAAUGUCUACACUGUAUUUCUGAUCAAUUUUAUGUUAUUUUAAUGGACUAAAAAAAUGCUUUUCUUUCAAAAACGAGGACAUUUCUUAGUGAACCCAAACUUUUGAUUGGUAGUGUACAUGUUAGUGUUAUUGCACUGGACAUUGGUUACUAUGGUGCAAAGGGGUCUAUUUGUAAGCAUACAACUAUAGAUCUGGGACUAUUGCUAUAUGUAUUUCAACUUAGUUGAUUUGAUUGUUUUGGAGCCUAGCUAAAAACUAGGCCUUGUUCCUCAAAGAUAACAUUCCCCCAUCUGGGAAAAAAACCACCUCGAAAAGUACUUGUGGUUGUAAACUAUGAUACUGUACCUACUACUCUCAUGCAGUUAUCAGUUUCAACUUGUAGCCAAAUUCACUAUAAAAUGAGUUUACUGUUGGGCCAGUCAGUGCCCUGUGCUGCAUAAAAACAUAUCUAUUGAACUAUACUAAUGACAAAAUGUGUGAAUGUUUGCUGAAAGGUCUCUGUGUUACAAAUACCUGGGUCCAACAUUUUUUUUACAUAAUGUAUUAAUUAAUUUAAUCUUUCAAUUACACAAUUAUGACUGGUGUGUGUGUGUGUGUGUGUAAAGGUAUUUCUCUCUCUGAUAUGGAACGCUAUCUGAAAGGUCAGUACAGUACUUACAGUAUGUUUUUAGUAGUGAGUACCAACAACCCUUGUGGUAUGUAGAGGUAAUCAUUCAGACUGCAUCCCUACAUAGUGCAAUACUUUUGUAGUCUGACUGCCCAUCCUCAUCACUCUGGCCACAUCCACUAGCAUUUCUUGUAUGGAGUGAUCGAUAGAGCAGUGGAAUUCGAUUCAGGAUGUCAGGCAACUACUUUUGACCAGAGCCCUAUGGGUUUCCCUAUGGGCCCUGGCCUAAAGUACUGCACUAUAAAGGGAAUGCUUGAGGUCUCCCUAGACCCCAACUGUGCAAGUUAUAAUAACUUAAUAAAUUACCAGCGUUUCAAAUGGAGUAGUACAUGAUGUUAGUCUUAUUGGUUCUAGGGUGCUGUAGUGACUGACUCUUAGCAUGCCUCCAAAGCGGCACACUAUUCCCUAUAUUGUGUACUAUUUUUUUUUUUACCAGGGCCCGGUCAAAAGUGGUGCACUAUAAAGGGGAUAGGGUGCCAUUUGGGAUAUAACCUUUAUGAUGAAAGUGUUUGUUACUCAUUUGACAACCGAUUGGUAUGAUUCUAUGAUUCCAUUGUGAGAUAAUGUUUGCAUUGGUCUUUGUUCUGCUUUUGGGUGCAACGGGAGGUGAAUCAUAUCGAAUAUGUUGUCAGAUGCCAUAAGGUUAUAAAUGUUUUUUUUAUUGAGUGUAAUUAAGCAUUUAAAGCACUUGAAUUAGAAGGGAAAUUUGAGUGUCUCCCACUAUUUUAUCUGAAAUUGUGUGAAGCAUUAAAGAUAUUUUUUCAUUUGAA